GUCCCCAGGCCGACCAUGGAGGCCAUGGAGGAGCUGUCGCAGCUCUCCGAGUCCAUCCGCCAGGCCGCCUCGCUCCUCGCCGACGACGACCCCUCAGACGACUCCGCGCCGCGCCGCCCCUCCACCUUCCUCAACGCCGUCGUCCUCGGCAACGUCGGCGCCGGCAAGUCGGCCGUGCUCAACAGCCUCAUCGGCCACGCCGUGCUGCCGACGGGGGAGAACGGGGCGACCAGGGCGCCCAUCGUGGUGGACCUGCAGCGGGAGCCGGGGCUCAGCACCAAGUCCAUCGUGCUGCAGAUCGACAGCAAGUCGCAGCAGGUGUCCUCAAGUGCUCUGCGACGGUCUCUGCAGGAGAGGCUCAGCAAGGCUGCCACCAGUGGGUCUGGGAGGGGACGCGCAGAGGAGAUUUCCCUCAAGCUGCGAACCAGCACAGCUCCUUCCCUAAAACUGAUUGAUCUACCUGGGUUAGACCAACGAGUCGUGGAUGAUUCAAUGAUAAAUGAUUAUGCCGGACACAAUGAUGCAAUACUGCUAGUUGUGAUACCCGCAGCACAGGCAGCUGAAGUUGCAUCAUCUCGUGCACUUAGGCUGGCGAAGGACAUUGAUUCAGAUGGUUCUAGAACUAUCGGCGUUUUAAGCAAGAUUGAUCAAUCAGAAGGAGAUGCGAAAACUAUAGCUUGUGUGCAGGCUCUUUUGUCGAACAAGGGCCCAAAAAACCUUCCUGACAUUGAGUGGGUUGCUCUGAUUGGACAAUCCGUUGCAAUUGCAGCAGCACAAUCUGGAGCGGUUGGUUCUGAAAACUCGCUUGAAGCUGCAUGGCAAGCUGAAGCUGAGAGCCUCAAGUCCAUCUUAACUGGAGCUCCUCCUAGUAAGCUUGGUAGAAUUUCUUUGGUUGACACGAUUGCUAAGCAGAUACGAAAACGGAUGAAAGUGCGUGUUCCUAAUCUAUUGACUGGCCUUCAGGGUAAAUCCCAGAUGGUCAAGGAUGAACUGGCAAGGCUGGGAGAAUCUAUGGUACAAAGUGCUGAAGGAACCCGAGCAGUUGCGCUGGAGCUGUGUCGGGAAUUCGAAGACAAGUUUCUUGCUCAUAUUACUUCUGGUGAGGGGUCUGGUUGGAAAAUUGUCGCAAGUUUCGAAGGAAAGUUUCCAGAUAGAAUUAAACAGCUACCACUGGAUAGACAUUUUGAUCUCAACAAUGUCAAAAGGAUUGUCCUGGAAGCCGACGGUUAUCAACCAUACUUGAUAUCUCCGGAGAAAGGGUUGAGGUCAUUAAUAAAAAUAGUACUAGAAAUGGCAAAGGAGCCAUCACGAUUAUGUGUUGAAGAGGUACAUCGUGUAUUGAUGGACAUAGUCAAUGCUUCUGCCAACGCCACACCAGGGCUUGGAAGAUAUCCUCCAUUCAAGCGCGAGGUCAUUGCAAUAGCAUCAAGUGCAUUGGAUAACUUCAAAAAUGAUGCCAAGAAGAUGGUAGUUGCUCUUGUUGAUAUGGAGCGUGCCUUUGUUCCUCCUCAACAUUUCAUCCGGCUAGUACAAAGAAGAAUGGAGAGGCAGCGUCGUGAGGACGAGAUGAAAAAUCGACCUUCCAAGAAAGGACAAGAGGCGGAACAAUCCAUGACAAACCGGGCCUCCAGUCCCCAAACAAAAUCUGAGCAAGCUAGUGGCAAAUCAACAAAAGAAAAAUCAAGUCCGCAAGACAAAGACACGAAGGAGGGACCAAAUUUGCAGGUUGCUGGUCCAGCUGGUGAAAUUACUGCAGGUUACCUUUUGAAGAAAAGUGCAAAAACUAACGGGUGGAGCAGAAGGUGGUUUGUCCUAAAUGAGAAGAGUGGAAAGCUUGGAUACACAAAGAAGCAAGAGGAACGGCAUUUUCGUGGUGUCAUCACUCUUGAGGAAUGCAACCUUGAGGAAGUAGAGGAGGAAGAACCUUCUAAAAGCUUAAAGGAUUCAAAAAAGGCUAAUGGACCUGAAAAAGGCCCAAGUCUUGUCUUUAAGAUAACUAACAGGGUCGCCUACAAGACAGUGCUUAAAGCUCAUAGCGCUGUUGUAUUGAAAGCUGAGAGCAUUGCUGACAAGGUUGAGUGGGUAAAUAAGAUAAAAGCUGUAAUUCAGAGCAAAGGUGGUUCGUUCAAGGCUGCAGAUGCCGAUGGUGGUCCUCUGAAGCAAGGCCAGCCAGAAGGCUCCGUCAAGGACGCAAUGGUGCGGAGACCAGCUGAUCCUGAAGAAGAACUUAGAUGGAUGUCUCAAGAAGUUCGCGGUUAUGUUGAGGCUGUUUUAAAUAGCCUAGCAGCAAAUGUCCCUAAGGCUAUUGUGCUUUGCCAAGUGGAGAAGGCAAAGGAAGAUAUGCUGAACCAGCUAUACACCUCAAUAAGUGGACAAAGCAAUGCAAAAAUUGAAGAACUUCUGCAAGAAGACCACAAUGCUAAACGUAGAAGAGAAAAGUUCCAAAAACAGUCUUCUCUGCUGUCAAAGCUCACACGCCAACUCAGCAUACAUGACAAUCGAGCUGCUGUUUCCUCUUACUCAAAUGACAGUCCUGAAGCUGGGAGCCCACGGACACCGAGCCGCCCUGGUGAGGACUGGAGGUCGGCCUUUGACUCUGCAGCAAAUGGCCCUGCUGCUGCUGAAUCAAGGUCGAGAAGUGCUGAUGGUCGCAGUCGGCGCCCUGAAAAUGGAGAUGCGAGCCGACGCACACCAAACCGGAUGCCACCAGCGCCACCAAGAUACUAAUCGUGCUGAUUAGUAUAAAUGCAAACCAUGUCUUCUUGCUAGGCACACGUCCUAUUUCUGAUUAUUGGGGGAGAUUGGAAUAGCGGAUUUGUUGAUUGGACGAUAGAGUGAGCGCUAGCUUGGUGGAGAGAUUGCAUGAACGGCUUGUAUGCGCGGGGGGCCUUGAGUUGUUUAUAGAAGAAAUAUAUAUAGUGAAUCUGUUAUCUCUAUUGGUUCAUUAUCAUUUUGGCAUAUUGAUAUCUGAUGACUGAUGCUGUUUCUUUCUAUAGGUUUUUGUGGAUCUUGA